AUGGAGCAUUUGUCUGUUAACCAGUCGAUGGGUAGAAGACGUGGUUUGUCUGUUUCAACUGUCACUGAAAAUGAGAAAAAAAAAAUGGGUGAUGUGUUGGAUGAACUUAAAGAUGAUUUACAACUAGUAAAAACCAGCUGGAAAGAAGACUUGAAUAAAGACUCAAAUCCAUUAGAAUUGGCUUUACUUCUUUUGGACAACACUUCCGUGGGUCUAGGCCACAGAUUUAACGAAUUUAAAAGUUUGAAAUCAAAGAUUGAAUACGAUUUGCAAAAGACUGUCAACGAACAUUAUCAAGCGUUUAAUUCUAAUAUUUCAUCAUAUAGAGAUUUAGUUCAAUUGAUAUCUAGCUCUCAAGAACAAAUCAAUACUCUUAGAAAUAGAACCGAUACAGCAAUUGUUAAUAUAACCAAAAAACACGAAUCAUUAGAAUCCUUGAAUGAAGAUCACAUAAGAAAGUCUAAAGUAAUUGAGAUAUUAAAUGCAUUGGAAACAAUUGUUGCAUAUCCAGCACAAAUAGAUAAGGCCAUUAAUUCCAAGAACUUUUCACAAGCACAAGAUCUCUUAAGUAAAAGCUUUAACAUUGCAAAUGCAAACAAUUUAUGGAAGUUAAAGGCAUGCCAAAUUAUUAAACAACAAUUGGAAAUGCAGCAAAAAAAUUUGUUUGAAUUAAUUGUUGAAGAGGUUGAAUGUCUAAUUUAUGUGAAAAAUUCAAGAAUUUCUGACAUUGAUGAAAUUUUCAACUUUCCAAAAUUUAAGAGCAAUGACUUUUCUGAUUUGGAAAAUUAUUUUUACCAGAUUUCAAAUAUUGAUGUCAUUGACAAAUCUGAGAAAAUUAACGAGUCCUUAGUAAUGUUUCUGAAGGAAUUGGGGUCACCUGAAAAUGCGUUGAAUGUUGUUAAGGAUGUAGAUCAAUUGACCACGUAUGAAAAAAUAUACCAAUACAUGAUUGUUAUCAAUGACAUGAAUGAACUUCAUACUGCCUUGGAAAUUUUUUACAAUAGAACGACGGAAGAGUUGCACAAUGUAAUUGUAAAAACAACCGAAAACAUUCGACUGGCACAUCCUGUGGUGAUGAAAAUACUUGCCACAUUAAGUGAUUCUUCUUCCAUUUCCACCUCAAGAAAUUUAAUAUAUGUUGUGUUAAAAGAAUUUUUCUGGGAAAUAUUCUCCAAGUUUUUAUUUGCAGUUCAGGCACAUAGGGCUGUUUAUGAAAUUAUGAGAUCCUUACAACCUCCAGGUUCCGAUGUUGGAUAUGAUUUGGGUGGUAUAUGGAACAAAAUUUUGACGGAGUUGGAAAAUUUUUUAGAUAUCUAUGUUAAUGACUCAGAAAAUGAAGAAUCCAGAAGAAUAACAGACAAAAGUAAUGGCAAAGUUUUAGAUAACAUUGAAAAUGAUAAAAAGGAUAGUAACAGCAAUAAAAUUUUUAGUUUAACCAACACUAUUGAAGGUUCUUCAAAAGCCAGGGGCCAUGCCACUGAGAUGAAGAAAUUGCUUCAGGAUAUGUUCCCAGGGUUUUCGAGUUCUACGAACUUUGAUACUGAAUCUAUAUAUCUAAAGGAAGAAGCAUAUGAACAAGAGGAAACUUUAGUGAAACCAAGCGCUUUUAAUAUGAAAUUUAUUUUGGAGUCUCUAUUGUUAUUUAUUCAAGGUUCUAAUAAAGCAAUCCCAUCAUCUUUGUUUCAAAAUACCCAGUCACCGCUAGUUUUCUUUGAUAAUUAUAUGAAGCAUAAAUUUUUCAGAAUAUUGAAGAGAACAUUGUAUUCUAUGUCGAGUUUGAAACUAACAGUUGUUAAUCCAUAUUUGUUAGAACAACUUGACGAUGCUAGUGUUGUAUUUAAAAUUGCAAAAGAUUUCAAAGUGUUUUUCCAAGAAUUGCUUACAACAUUCAAUACAUCAGAAAACUAUAAGCCCCAACUAGCAGAUGUUUUUAUCUCGUUAUUGACAAGGUUCUUUAAUUUUUUGAAAAAAUUUUUUGUUCAAAUUAUUUCCAAGAAUAGGAACUCGCGUAGUAUUUUAUCUAUAUGGGUUGCCGAUGAAGAAUUAAAGGCAAUUACAUUGAAACUACAAGAUAAUCCAGCAUCUGAUAAUAAAGAAGGAUUCCAUGAUCCUGAAACGGAUGUAAUAUUUAAGCAUUGCCCCAAAUUUUUUGAUGAGGAAAAUACGUUAUUAGAAAGCGACUUGUUAUCUUUACCUACCGUUGAAAACAUAUUACAUCUGGUGGAGACUUUGGAUUGGCUAACAAGCUGGUUAGACGGAUUAAAAAAGGAAGUUACUUAUGAGCCAAUUUCUCCCAAUGUUGAUGUUGAUAUCUUGAAAAGAUAUUGGACAUUUUAUGAAAACAUGGACUUGGAUGAAUUAGAGACCAGGGAAGUAACUAAAUUUUGUUUGGCUGAAGAUAGAUCCAAAAAUUUUGACAAAACACUUGGAACAUACAAAGAUUUGUUGAAUACCUGCUUGUUAUAUUUAAGAUAUGAUAUACGUGCUAAGUGUAUGUAUUAUAUUUCAAAGGCUAUUAACAAUACUGAGUGGUGCACAGAAACAACCGCUUUGGAAGUUAGUAACUAUAUUACCUCUUUAGAUUCCGAGUUGUAUUUAGAGGAAAAUAUGUUGAUCAAUACAGUGUCCCAAAGAGAAAGAAAUUUUAUUUUUAAAGGAUUAACCUCGUUCUGUUCUAAUGUACUGAUUUCUUCAUCUCAGUCGAUGUCAUCUAUGAACAGUUUUGGCUAUAAGAAGUUGAUGAAAAAUAUAGAAACUUUACAAAAGAGUUUAAGAGGACUAGCAGAUGUUUCUAAAGACAAAGGACUGGAAUAUUGUUUCAAAUAUUAUAAUCUUUUUGAGCACAAUGAAAAUAGGAUCAUUGAUAAUUAUAAUAAGGGCUAUUAUGAUGAAUUUUAUGAUUAUAAUUUGAUUAAAAAUAUUAUUAGGUUGAAAUUCAGUGAAAACAUUAAGAAACAGGCCUUUGCCAGCCAAAAUAAAAAUGGGCAUAAACAAAUUGUGUCUUCAUUGUCUGCAAAUAAACGAUAUUCUGAAAUCGUUAAGAAAUUGAACAAACAUUGA